AUGUUUCAGGCCAUGCGUUUUCUCAAAAGAAGAAAACCCAUUAAACUCAAAAUUACCGAUGGCAUAAGAAAAACCAUUUACAAACCUGCUGAGCAAGCCGAAAUAAUUGCUGAUCACUUCGAAAAUCAAUUUAAUCUGAACACUGACAACAUUGACCCCUUUACUUGCAUAUCAGCACCUCUCAAUAAGCCAAUCGCAGUUGAGGAGGUCAUCCAAGCUUCCAAGAAGCUUAAGAAUUGUCGGGCAGCUGGACCUGACAAUAUCGCAACCAAUGACCUACUCCCACUGGGCUCAGGCACACUCAUCCCGAUACAAAAAGCCAACAAAACCUCCGGUCCGGUGGAAAAUCUCCGUCCUGUAAUACUACUAAACACUCUGAGAAAACUUUUCUCACUCGUUACACUCGGUCGCAUAACCCGAACUGUUAAUGAAUAUCUCUCCCACAGUCACAGCGGAUUCAGGGCUGGAAGAUCCACAGCUGAUAUAGUCUGGAGUCACAGAUGGCGCUGCGCUGUCCAGCAAAAAUUCAAAAAAGCUACGGCUAUCCUUGGUAUCGAUAUGUCAAAGGCUUUUGACUGUAUUCGUCGUGAUCUACUUUCUGGGGUUCUGGAAAGCUUCCUAGAAGUGGAUGAAGUGAGAAUGAUAUGA